UGCUCUCCCAAGUCUUCCAUCUUGUGAAGUAAAACCUGAGAGAAAUGAUGAAGAACGUAGCAUCUAAAUCUACGGCGAUCAAGGCCAAUCUCAUCUUAUUCGCCUUCUUCCUCGUCGUGUACGCUGCCAUUCUACUUCAACCGCCGCCUUUUGUUGACCUAAACGCCACUUCUUCUCCUCAAUGUCCUUUGAAUAAUUGUCUUAUGAUGAAGAAGGUAAGCCCACAGAAAAUGCAAGUAGAAUCCAAAAUGGCCAUGAAAACGGUUGCAGGAGUUGGAGAGACUUCAAUAACGUCAAAGAAGGAACUCCCUGCAAUCUUCAAGUCACUGCAAGGACAAACAAAGAAUAUAGGCCUAAUAAACAUAGGAGACGACGACCGAUCCAUCGACUGGCAAUCAAUUGGAGAGACAACCAUCGUCACAUUCGAAAGAGUUUCCGAUAGCAUUAAAUGGAAGGAUCUAUUCCCCGAAUGGAUAGACGAAGAAGAGGAGCACGUGACCCCAUCGUGCCCGGAGGUCCCAAUGCCAGACUUCUCAUUGUAUGAGGAGGUCGACGUGGUGGUUGCGAGGGUGCCAUGCCGGAGGCCUAAGGAAGGGUGGUCACGUGACGUGCAUCGGUUGCAGGUGCAUCUGGUGGCGGUGAACAUGGCUGUGAGGAGAGGGAGGAGGGAUGGGAAAGGGAGGGUUAGGGUUGUGGUGGAGAGCGAGUGUCGGCCUAUGAUGGACGUGCUUAGGUGUGAUGAUGUGGUGGGAAGGGAGGGGAGGUGGUGGAUGUUUGAAGUGGAGGGGGUGAGGUUGGAGGAGAAGGUGGCUUUGCCUGUUGGCUCUUGCAAGCUAGCUUUGCCUUUGUGGGAAGAAGGCACCCACGAAGAGUACGACAUCACCAAAUUACAUGCCAGCAUCCCGCCACCUCGCCGAGAGGCCUACGCCACCGUCCUCCACUCCUCCUCCACCUACGUCUGCGGCCGCCAUCGCCGCCAGAGCAUCCUCCACACUGGCACCACCCGCGACCUCAUUCUCCUCCACGACUCCUCCCUCAGCAACCCAGCCUCACCGCCCUCUCCUUCUGCUGGGUGGAAGCUCCACUUAACAACCCGCAUCCGCAACCCCCACGCUCACCCUAACUCCUACAACGAGUACAACUUCACCAAGCUCCGCCUCUGGCUCCACACGUACUACCGCAAGCUCAUCUUCAUCGACUCCGACAUCCUCGUCCUCAAAAACCUCGACCUCCUCUUCACCUUCCCCCAGCUCUCCGCUGUCGGCAACGACGGUGUCAUCUUCAACUCCGGCAUCAUGGUCAUCGAGCCCUCCAAGUGCACCUUCAAAACCCUGAUGAGGCGACAGAAGGAGAUAGUUUCGUACAACGGCGGCGACCAGGGCUACCUCAACGAGGUGUUCGUGUGGUGGCAUCGGUUGCCGAGGAGGGUCAACUUCCUGAAGAACUUCUGGUCGAACAAGACCGAGGAGGCGAUGUUCAGGUCGGAUCCGCCGAUGUUGUACUCAAUCCAUUAUCUCGGGCUGAAGCCGUGGUUGUGUUAUAGAGAGUAUGACUGUAACUGGAACCUUGAGGAUCACAAAGUUUUUGCGAGUGAUGUUGCACAUAGAAAAUGGUGGGAAGUUUAUGAUAGGAUGGACGAAAGACUGAAAGGAUUCUGUGGGUUGUCCAAGAUAAGGAGGCAGCAUCUGGAGGAAGAGAGGGAGAAGGCUGAGAGAUUAGGGUUUGGGGAUGGUCAUUGGAGGAUAAAGGUUGAGUGAAAAGUUAGAGAGAUGUAAUACUACUUAUUUAAUUACCGCAUGUCCAUAGAAUUUUUUUACUGUUCUGUACGCACAUAGAAUGCUGCAUUCUCUGUUGUG